CCGGGAGUCCCGCUUGGAGACCGGGGGGCGUGGGGGCAGGGACUGGAUUCCCGGCGGAACCGGCUACAUCCGAGUCAGCCCCCGAGUGUGGCGGCCAGCGCUUUCUCGCCCCAGCCCGCCAAGGGUGGGGUUUGGCCCGCGAGGGGCGCUGGAAGUGGCCAGGCCAGAGGAAUUCCUUCCAUUUCCCCGCUGGCUUCCAGGAGUUAGGGAGCUCGGCUGCCAGGACGCCGAGCCGGGAGGGACCAGAGUUGCCCGGUGCAACCCCUUCGUGGGACUGAGCUGAGAAGCCGAGCCUGGAGAGGGUCUCGUGGAGUCAGGAGCGGACCUGGGAUUAGAAGUGCUGCAGAGGUGGCAUCUCCAGUGGUUUCCAGUGGAGUAAUAAUUUGGGUUGGGGGCUAGUAUUAGGGGUGUGCUGGGAAAAGGAAGGCUGGGCAGAGGUAGGUGGAUUGAGAAUAGUUAUGCCCAAAGUGUGCUGAUGUGGUAGGAGGCUUCAGUGGUGACUUCAGGCUUGGCCCUAGACCCACACCAAGUGAAUUGGUUGAAGACUUGAAAGGGAAGCCAGCCGACUCUUUGUAGUGACCUAGAGGUGAGAGGAAUGACAAUGACAAAUGUAUAGUACGGUAAAGCCAAGAUUCCAAGCGAUGGCAGCCAGGCAGAAGGAUGGACCAAGUCUAGCAGGAUGAAUGAGACUGAUUAUGAAUGUUGAGGCCUGUGCUGUAGUUAAGAAAAUUAGCUGAGAGGUUCAACCCAGCAACUCAGGCCCUGGAGCUUCCCACUGGCUCUCUGGUGUUGGCUGUCAAAUUGCUCUGUGCCCACUAAGCAGGUCCAAGGAGGGAAGGGGGUUGCCUGACCCUGGGCUCCCUGGUUGGGCUCCCUGGGUUCUAAUCCUAGCUUUGUCACUUCCUAGCUGUGUGACCUUGGACAGGUUGCUUAACAUUUCUGUGCCUUAGUUUCCUCCUUGUUAAAACGUUCAUAAUAAUGCUUUUCUCACAGUGUUGUGAGGCUAAAAUGAGAACCUGAGUGUAAAGUGCGUAGUGAUAUAUUUAGCACAUGGUGUUCAACAAAUAUUAGCUGCUGCUGUUAUUGUUGGUAAUAGUAAUAUGCCCAUUUCUGGGUGGGGACAUUGGCCAAGGCAGAGUUUAUGCCAUCAGGAAGCCACCAGGGCUCCAGAGGGUCUGUCAUUCAUGUCCUGUUGCAAGGAGUUCAGAUAAGGAAAGACUCAGUUGAUAGGAGGGAGGAGAAGGAGGUUUCAGGUGGGUUCAUGCGGGGCUGGGGGCUCCUGUGUCAGUCGUGACUCAGCAUAGGAGGGAACCCUUGGAGUUUGGGUCUGCCCCCAAGUGGAGGGGACAGCUCCUUAGCCGCAGUGUUCUCCCUGCCUCCUUCCAGGUGACUGGCUGACCCUCCUCCUAAACCCUUCCUGAUGCAGGCACGUCUGAGUCCCCCUCUCCCGCAUUCCACAGAUACUUAACUGAGCACCUAUUAGUACUGAGCUCUGGUUUGGAGUCUGAACUCUGCAGCCAUUGAGACAGACACGUAAACAAACGCACAGCAUUAGUCCUAUGGCGAUGGUAAAAAUAGGUUCAUGUGGCGGGGUGGGAGUGGAGGUGAAAUGGGAAUGGAAACCUGAUUGAUGAGAAGGCGCUAGCCACACAGGUAUCGCAGGCAGUGACUGUCCUGGCAGAAGGAACAGCCAAUGCAGAGGCUCUGCAUGGGGCAAGAGAGCACGGGGCUGGAGCACAGCAGGGAAGGGGAGCUGGAGAGCAGGGGCUGGGGGCUGAAGUCUGGCCUGAGGCGCCCACUUCCUUUGGGGGGGAAUCACUUUCUCCUCCUCCAAGCCCACUCAGCUGGUUUGUCCUCGGCACAGGGCUGACUGGAACCAAUGUUGAUUCGUUCCUGCAUCGUAACCUCCUGGGGCCCCGGGACCUUGAUCUGCUGCUUCUUGGAUCUCCCACUGUUUGAGGCUCACUGGCUCACAGUAGGCCCUCAGUAAAUGCUUGUGGAAUGACUGUUGAGGAUGGGAUUUGGAUGGAGGGCAGGAGAUGGGAUCAGAUGCCUGCUCUAAGAUGCUGUGAAUCACUUUCUGGGCACCAACUGGAUCCCCGACUCUGACCCCUGUUCUCAGAUACAGGGUCUUCCCGGGCACUCAGGUUGGGCCUGACUGUGGUAAGAGGUGUUUGGCCCUCCCUACCCUUUGUCCGCAGCUGUGGGCUGGAAGGGAGAAAAGGGAAGGUUGGUGGGGUCGGGGAUGGGGGGAGGCUAGGGCAUGACCGCAGACCGUUUCUGGGGUACGGGAAGAUGACAGGGUCAUUCUGGGAAGCAGGUGUAGGCUGUGGGCUGGCCCAGGUUUGCAGCCUGGUUUUGCCUUCUGUGUGGGGUUGGACUCCCUCUAGAUGAUCCAGACCGCCUUCCCCUUCUUCAUGCCCUGCUCCCCAUUAUACCCACAGGGAUAUCGGGGUGCUAAUAGCUCUGUAAGAGGAGAAUCUGGGUACCAUGGGCUAGAGGAACUCCCCUAAGCCUGUGGACCGUGGGACAGAGGUUAGGAGGGUGAAGGAGUCCAUCACCUACCCUCUGGGACCCCUCCUCCUCACUUCCUCUACCUGGCACCGUGGAAGCAUCUACUUCUCUUUUCCUAGAUCUCAUCGGCCUGAAGGGCAUCCUGAUAACCAGGGAAGAUCACGCCUUGUCUGGUCCUGCCCUCACCUUGGGGCCCAGGCAAGAGAGGAGAGGGCUGAGUAAGGGCCCUUUUGUGCACAUCAGGGAGCUGAAAGCUGGAUUGAGGUACCCCCCUCCCCCCAGGAGUGGGGUGUGAGGCUGAGGAGCUGUGUCUCCAGGGCCCAGAGGUGCCCCAGACACUGUCGGCAGCUCCUGGCCACACCCCACGUUCCCAAGUGCUGUUUGCUUGCGGUGUGGGCCCCCAGCCUCUGACGCCCAGCUCACGGAGGUCCUUGGGCUGCCUUGUCCCCCCUCAUGGCCCGGGUCCUGCUUCUGUUCCCACUCCUGUGUUUUCUGGCUGUGCUGUCUCCAGGGAAUGGUCCCGCUAGCUGGUUUCUCCUCUCUCGCGUGGACUCUCCCUCUGCAGGCCUCCACUGUGGACAGAGGCCAGCCCCAGCCCCUCCCUGGUGUCAGCGCCUUCUGCCAGGCCCCGAAGGCCCGAGGGAUGGUCGAGUGUUGUUCGAGGACUGUUGGUCCAUCCAGAGGGAGAUGCCCUGCAUCCAAGCCCAGUAUGGGACACCAGCAUCAAGCCCGGGACCCGGUGACCCCCUGACCCCUGAGCUCAGCAAGCCCACCAUGGACCUGGCCAGCCCUGAGGCGGCCCCCGCUGUCCCCACGGCCUUGCCCAGCUUCAGCACCUUCAUGGACGGCUACACGGGGGAGUUUGACACCUUCCUGUACCAGCUGCCGGGAACAGCCCAGCCGUGCUCCUCGGCCUCCUCCUCGGCCUCCUCCACGUCUUCAUCGUCAGCCACCUCCCCUGCCUCCGCUUCAUUCAAGUUCGAGGACUUCCAGGUGUUCGGCUGCUACCCCGGCACCCUGAGCGGCCCUCUCGACGAGACCCUGUCCUCCAGCGGCUCCGACUACUACGGCAGCCCCUGCUCAGCCCCGUCACCGUCCACGCCCAGCUUCCAGCCGCCACAGCUCUCUCCCUGGGACGGCUCCUUCGGCCCCUUCUCGCCCAGCCAGACUUACGAAGGCAUGCGGGCAUGGACAGAGCAGCUGCCCAAGGCUUCUGGGCACCCCCAGCCGCUGACCUUCUUUUCCUUCAGCCCUCCCCCCGGCCCCAGUCCCAGCCUGGCCCAGAGCCCCCUGAGGCUGUUCCCCUCGCAGGCUGCCCACCAGCUGGGGGAGGGAGAGAGCUAUUCCAUGCCGACAGUGUUCCCAGGCCUGGUGCCCGCGUCUUCACACCUCGAUGGCUUGGGGAUGGUGGAUGCGCCCGUGACCCCAGCCAAAGCCCGGAGUGGGGCUCCGGGUGCAAGCGAGGGCCGCUGUGCCGUGUGUGGGGACAACGCCUCUUGCCAGCAUUACGGUGUCCGCACCUGCGAGGGCUGCAAGGGCUUCUUCAAGCGCACAGUGCAGAAAAAUGCCAAGUACAUCUGCCUGGCUAACAAGGACUGCCCUGUGGACAAGAGACGGCGAAACCGCUGCCAGUUCUGUCGCUUCCAGAAGUGCCUGGCUGUGGGCAUGGUGAAGGAAGUUGUCCGGACAGACAGCCUGAAGGGGCGGCGGGGGCGGCUCCCUUCAAAGCCCAAGCAACCCCCGGAUGCCUCCCCUGCGAAUCUCCUCACCUCCCUGGUCCGGGCACACCUGGACUCGGGGCCCAGCACUUCCAAACUGGACUACUCCAAGUUCCAGGAGCUGGUGCUGCCCCACUUCGGGAAGGAGGAUGCCGGGGACGUGCAGCAGUUCUACGACCUGCUUUCGGGUUCCCUGGAGGUUAUCCGCAAGUGGGCUGAGAAGAUCCCCGGCUUUGCCGAGCUUUCCCCCGGGGACCAGGACCUGCUGCUGGAGUCGGCCUUCCUGGAGCUCUUCAUCCUCCGCCUGGCCUACCGGUCUAAGCCGGCUGAGGGGAAGCUCAUCUUCUGCUCGGGCCUGGUGCUGCACCGGCUGCAGUGUGCCCGCGGCUUCGGGGACUGGAUCGACAGCAUCCUGGCCUUCUCUCGCUCCCUGCACAGCUUGGUCGUCGACGUCCCUGCUUUUGCCUGCCUCUCUGCGCUCGUCCUUAUCACAGACCGGCACGGGCUGCAGGAGCCUUGCAGGGUAGAGGAGCUGCAGAACCGCAUCGCCAGCUGCCUGAAGGAGCACGUCUCGGCCGAGGCAGGCGAGCCUCAGCCCACCAGCUGCCUGUCGCGCCUGCUGGGCAAGCUGCCCGAGCUGCGGACCCUGUGCACCCAGGGCCUGCAGCGCAUCUUCUACCUCAAGCUGGAGGACUUGGUGCCCCCUCCACCCAUCGUCGAGAAGAUCUUUAUGGACACGCUGCCCUUCUGACCCCAGCCCGGGAACACGCGUGCACUCCGUGUGCACGCUCACACGCCACCCCACGUGCCUUUAGCCCACGGCCCACGGACCCCUGGAGCACCACCCCUCAGCCUGGGCCUGAGCUGCAGACUGGCCGCCCCUCCCCGCCACCUGCUCUGGGAGGUCGGCAGGGAGUUCAUGCCCUGGGGGAGGGGGAUGCGUUCACAGGGGUGACCCUUACUAUUUGUCUUAACCCCCAGCCCAGCCCUGGUCUUUAUGUUUUUGUAAGAUAAAACCGUUUUUAACACACAUACCGCCAUGCUGUAAAUAAGCCAAAUGCUGCUGUAAAUACAGGAAGGAAGAGGUUGAGGUGGGAGUGGGGUUUGGGAGGGAGGGACGGGCCCCCACCAGCCUCCUCCUACUUGCUCUCUUCCCGCCCUCCUUCCAUGUGUACAUAGACUCACUCUAGGAGGCAGACAAGUGACAGAUUCUGACAUUUAUAUUUGUGUAUUUUCCUGGAUUUAUAGUACGUGUCUUUUCUGAUUAAUAUAUUUAAUAUAUUGAAUAAAAAAUAGACGUGUAGCUGAAGCU